GGUAACGGUCGCUAGGGAGCGGAAGAUGGUGAAGGAGACCAUCCGCAUCUUCGCCAGGGUCAAGCCCCCGGCUCGGAGGCAGGCGCAGGGGAUCUAUUCAGUAGAUGAAGAUGAAAAUUCCACAGCAUCAGAGUUGGAAAUUAUUGUACCACGAGAUUUAGCGGAUGGAUUUGUUAAUAAUAAACGAGAAAGCUACAGAUUUAGAUUUCAGAAGAUUUUCGAUCAGGAGGCAAAACAAGAAGCCGUUUUUGAGAUCAUCGCCAAGCCAGUUGCUGAAAGUGUACUGGCUGGUUAUAACGGUACCAUCUUUGCCUAUGGACAGACCGGCAGCGGCAAGACGUUCACCAUCACCGGAGGAGCGGAACGUUUCAGCGACAGAGGCAUCAUACCAAGGACGCUGUCUUUUAUCUUCCAGGAAUUAGACAAAGACAGCAGCAAAAUGUACACCACCCACAUUUCCUAUUUGGAAAUCUACAAUGAAUGUGGUUUUGAUCUGUUGGAUCCAAGACAUGAAACCUCCUCGUUGGAAGAUUUGCCGAAGGUGACAAUAUUGGAAGAUUCCGAUCAGAACAUUCACCUGAAAAAUCUCUCUCUCCAUCAGGCAACGAGUGAGGAGGAAGCUUUGAAUCUUCUCUUCCUCGGAGAUACCAAUAGAAUCAUUUCAGAGACUCCGAUGAAUCAGGCCUCUACGCGUUCCCACUGCAUUUUCACGGUCCACCUGUCAAGCAAGGAGCCAGGAUCUGCAACCGUGCGGCACUCCAAGCUCCACUUAGUUGACCUGGCUGGGUCGGAGAGAGCCGCCAAGACGGGAGCUGGAGGUCACGUUCUGACCGAGGUCAAAUAUAUCAACCUGUCACUGCAUUAUUUGGAGCAGGUGAUAAUUGCACUUGCAGAGAAGCAAAGAUCCCACAUCCCCUACCGGAAUUCUAUGAUGACCAGCGUUCUGAGGGAUAGUUUGGGAGGAAAUUGUAUGACGACUAUGAUUGCGACACUGUCUUUGGAAAGAAGGAAUAUAGACGAAUCUAUAUCGACCUGCAGAUUUGCACAACGAGUGGCCCUCAUCAGGAAUGAAGCUGUCCUUAAUGAAGAAAUCGACCCCAGAUUGUUGAUUGUGCGCUUGCAAAAGGAAAUCCAGGAACUGAAAGAUGAGCUGGCUUUGAUCAGUGGGGAACCGAGAACAGAAGAACUCACGGAAGCAGAACUCCUUCAGCUGGAGAAGCUGGUGGCAACUUUUCUGGAAGAUGGAGAUCCCGAGUGCACGCUCAAUGUCGGUGCUGACGUGCGGAAGAUACACCACUGCUUUAGGCACCUAAAGAAACUGUUGAAUGAAAGGAAACCCCCUGAAAGAAAUCAGCUUCCAUCUGAAAUCGCCACCGACGAAGAUGUUCCCACAUCAUUAAGGGAUGAAGAGUUAAAGAAACUGAGGGCCCUUCUGCAGCAGAGAGACAGUGAAAUUAAUGUAUUGGUCAACAUGUUGAAGAAGGAAAAGAAGAAAGCCCAGGAUAGACUCCAUCAGAGUGGUGUUAACGGCGACAGUCUCCGACAACAAGGGACUUCCCUCUCUCCUGGGAACCUGGAGGAAAGUCCGAGCGCCGCACCGGUAUUUCCCUCAAGACGAUCCCCGGGCUACCGCCCUUUGGAAUACGAAUCUGGGUCUCUUCACCAAAAGACAGGAAUAAGAGAAGAAAUGUCCCUUGGACGCCAAGAGGCUUUUGAAAUCUUCAAGAGGGAUCACGCUGACAGCAUAACCAUCGAUGACAACAAACAGCUUCUGAAACAGAGGUUUGCUGAAGCAAAGGCCCUAGGAGAAAACGUAAAUGAAGCAAGGAAUAAAAUCAGCCACCUGAAAGGAGAAAUCACCCAGAGGCAGAUGCAAAGAGCAGCAUUCGGUGUCGCGAAUAUUCCCAUGGAAUCGAUGGAUUUAGAUCAAGUGGAAGAGAAACUCCGGGCGCAAAUGGAGGAAGAGAAAAAGAGCUACAAAACAAUGUUCAAUCGCCUCAAAGGCCUGAAAGUAGAAAUCGAACAUCUGCAACUGCUCAUGGAGAAAGCCAAGGUGAAGCUGCAGAAAGAAUUUGAAGCUUGGUGGGCAGCAGAGACUUCCAGUCUGCAGGAAAACCCACCACCACCAACUCAUUCAACAAGUUCCUGGAAGUCUUCACCCUCCACUCCUGAGUCCCAGCACCAGCUAGAAGGCAAAAGGGCGUCAGAGAGUUCCGGUUCAUCCAUCCCACUCACCGGAGACAGCCAGACGGACGCUGACAUUCUGGCUUUCGUCAGGGCCAGGCAGAACUUGAUGCAGAAGAGAGGAAAAUAUCCUCAAGGACUACUGGGAGGGAGUAGCAUUAGCCUGAACCAUCUGAUUUGGAACAAACUGGAGAAGCGUUGAGAAUCGAUAAUCAUUCAAUUGAGGUCUGGGGAAGAAUUUCUAGGCUCGGUCCAGCUGCGCGCUUCUGUCCACUGAGAGAAAUGUUCCCGACACCAGCUCAGUCCCUCUCCUCUCUUGGCAGCUGGGUCCCUGAGAUCCUGCCCACCUGGAUGGCAGGGAAGAGUGAAUGUUUUGUAGGUGUAAAAAAUGUGAUCCAUUCCUCUAAUGGGCUCUCGGGAGGCGAUGGCUCUGGAAGGAAAGAAAAGGAGCUAAAUGAAAAAUAA